AUGUCCAACCAAACUACCUUGACCAAAUUCCUUCUCCUGAGCUUCUCUGAGGCUCGAGAGCUGCAGAAUUUACACUUUGUGGUGUUUCCAGGGAUUUUCCUGGCAGCCCUGAUGGGAAACUUCCUCAUUAUUGCAGCUGUGGCCCUUGACCACCAUCUUCACAUCCCCAUGUACUUCUUCUUGAUGAAUUUGUCCAUGAUAGACCUUGGAUCCAUCUCCGUCACUGUCCCCAAGUCCAUGGCCAAUUCCCUAUUGAACACCAGGUCAAAUUCUUAUUCUGAGUGUGUUGCCGAGGUCUUUCUCUUCAUUUUCUUCACAGUGGUUGACUUUGGUUUUCUCACCAUCAUGGCAUAUGACUGCUACGUCGUCAUCUGCAAACCACUACACUAUGAGUCUCUGAUGAACAAGAAAGCUUGUAUUGAAAUGGCAGCCAGUGCUUGGAUCAGUGCUAAAAGCUGCUUUGUUUUAAUAAUUGUGUCAUAUGUUCAGAUCUUCACCACAGUGCUGAGAAUCCUGUCUGAGUGGGGCCAGCAUAAAGCCAUCUCCACUUGCCUCCCUCACCUCAUUGUGGUCUCCUUGUCUGAUUGCACUGAGACCUUUGCUUAUGUGAAACCACCCUCCAUCUGUCUAUCAUAUCUGGAUCUUGUGGUGGAUGUGCUCUAUUCCGUGGUGCCACCGAUCAUGAAUCCAAUCAUCUACAGCACGAGGAACAAGGAAAUUAAAGGUGCUCUUAGGAAACUGACUCGGUGA